AUGAAUACAGAAGAUGGAGACAAACUUUUCUCUGGUCAGAAGUAUAUUGAACUGUUGUCUCGCUUGACUGUCCGUGUCUCAGAAGAACAUAAAGAUGAUUUGCAACAGGUUUCCAAGUCCUAUUCAAAUGGGAGAACUUCUCUAGAGGAAUAUGUCUCUUCUUUGAAGUCUAUUGUUGGACUAGGUGUUCUUGUGGAAGCUAUAGGGAUUGGUAAGGGUAAGGAAGACCUUACCAGUCCAGCCAUAGAACGUGGGAAGAAAAUCCAGGCUUCACAAGCUACCAAAGCUUGGUCUUCUCUUGGACCCUGUGAUAUAAUCAAACAUUUGACUGAAGACUAUCAAUCGAGUAAAACUAAAAGUAAUGAUAUAUUCUGGGAAGCUGUUUGGCCCCGCUUGUUGGCAAGAGGUUGGCACUCAGAGAAACUAAAGAAUCAAGGUCAUCUCAGUUCCAAAAAUGUUGUAGUAUUUCUUCUCCCUGGUGUUAAGAAGUUUUCUAAAAGAAAACUUGUAAAAGGUGAUCAUUAUUUUGAUUCUGUCAGAGAUGUCUUGAGCAGAGUGAUAGUUGAACCAAAUCUUCUUAAACUUGAAGAUCUAAAAACAAAGGUUGGUGGCUGCAAUGAAGAAAAGAUAGAAAAGGGAUCCAACGAGGGUGGUCAACCUGAAAACCAUCACCAUUGUUACCUCAAACACCAAGUUUCUACUAACUGUGAGAGAGAGACAGAAGCUGCUAUUGUACACAGCAAAGAAAGCAAAGAGAAUAAUAAUAAUGCUGAUUACCAUGAAGGAAAACACAAUGGAGAUUCUACUAGCCAAAAUGAAGUGAAUGUUAAGUCCGCAUAUGAUGAUGCAAACAAUAUGGCAGAAAACUGUGAAAAUCAGAUUACCUAUGUGGCUAGUGGCAAUCAACUAAAGAGAACCAUUCGGCAUAAAUUCAGACGAAGACCAAGAUCAAGUCAUUCAGAUCUUGCAGGUCCUCCCAUCAAACAGCUAAAACUUUCUCCACAUGCUGAGGUUGAAACAGGUCACAUUUUUGUGAACUCUGCAGGAAGCAUAGGAUCAGAAAAACAGGAACUCUCUCGGUCAUCAUGCAUUCCAGACGUCAAUAAGAAAGCCAGUAAUGAACUUGGUCAUCAGCAGGAGGUGACUUUAAUUUCUUCCUUAGCUGAAGGAGGUCCAGAAUUAGAAAAUGAAAGAAGAAAUAUUAGUGGGGCUUGUCUUGACAAAGGCAUUUCUUGUGACAAAGUGGAGAAAGGUGAACCACAACACACCAUCAACUUCAAUGAAUCUCAAGUUCUACUGAUGUCUGAAGAUGCUGAGUUGAUGACAACAACUGAGGAAGAUAAGCAGGACCUCAAGCCAAAAGAUACAAAAGAUAUAAUUUUAAGGAGGAGCACAAGGAAAAGACCAUUAACCAUUAGAGCAUUGGAAUCUUUAACCAAUAAAUUCUUGCAGACACAAAGGAAAGGGAAAAGAAAAGACACCCUCUCAUUUAAAGAUCCCUUGAAUAAAAUUUGCAACCACAUGACUCACGAGAGAGGUCUACAAAACGCAAUGUAGCUAGGAUGAUUGAUUGGACUCAUUCAGUAAAAGAACAGCAUUUGAAUAGUUAUUAUUGUGUUUGCCUUUAGAUUAUAUUAAAUAACAGUUGUAUUUUAUAGGAAUUUCAUAAUGAAGAGGUUGGAAAUGUAUGAUGCUCCUCUCUGACUUUAUUACAUUUUAAAGUUAGCAA